CCCAGACACACUAUUUCUUUGAAAGGAAACAUAUAUUUAUACUCUUUUUGUUUGGACUUUAUGGAUUUUUAACUUUUGUGCAUCAUUUAGAAGAUAAUGACCGCAACAUAUUUAAUAGAAAACUAUACUGAGGAAAGAAAAGUGUCUUUUAUUUUCCAUUUUUAUUACCGAUACAAUAUUUUGCAUGUUGUAUGUUAAAUUCUCACCGAAUAAGCCUAAACUACUAUAUUUUAAAAGGACGAUUUUGGACGACAAGUUUAAGGGAUGCACUCUUGGCCUUCCUUCCCUAUCACUACUAAAUUAUAUCUGGAUUGUAUAUUUUUGUAAGGAUUUUUUUUUUUUUUAAACUGUAAGGACAUGAAGGUUGCUGUGUUGGACUUGGGCACUAUAUUUGCUAAGAUAUUCAAAUCUUCUGUGUCCCCUAUAAAUCCUGCUCCUUCUAGCAACUCUUUCUCUCAAAGUUCUGGUCCAGUAGCUUCUCCAGGACCUCCAAACUCCUCUGUGAUCCAUAAAACACCUUUUAUAUUGCUACCUCCCCCUCCAUCUCCCCUAAAUAUCAUCAGCUCAGCCACUUACUCCUCUUCUUCCUUGCCUCGUGUUUCAUCUGGAAAGGCUUUAUCUCAUGUUGGUGGACUUUCUGCACCUAGUAGCCCUUCUCAUUCAAGUAAACCCCAUAUUCCGCAUUCUGCAGUGAAUACACCUGAUAUUGUUCUUCAACAACCAUAUGAAGAAUCAUGGGCAGCUCCAGAAAUUACAGUUACAACUACAAUGCCAUCAACUGCAAUUCUGGUACGCCCAGCUCUUACAACCACCAGCCUAAUCCUACCCACGACACAGCCUGCACAUUCCAGUCGCUCUUCAAGGCAUCCUCAGGAUUCUUUAACUUCUGGCUGGAACACCAAGUCCAUGCUCCUCACCCUCCCAGAUAUUGGGGAGGAAAGUGCAGAUUAUGAAGAAAGCCACCACAGCCAAGGGAAAGGUUUAUCACGAGGAAGGAAUGAGUCUUGUCUUUCUGAAAAUGAAGGAAGCAUUCUCCCAGCACAUUUUACAAGACCUGUACAGGAAGCAAUCCAUAACUACACCUGUGAAUCAAUUUCAUCUAUAUCAUCCAGUGGACAGAGUACUCCAACUGACUUAAACAACUCCUGGUCAGGAAUUCAGAGCUACACCACGGGUCUGUCCACCGAAAGGAGUUCUGUCUACUCCUGGAGGGAUGAUGAAUUUGAUAAAGUCAACACACAGCGAGUACAUCAGUUAUUCUGGGAUGUGGACGAAAUGCUUUUUGAAGGGAACGUGAAUUGUCAAACCAAGAAUCUACAAACAGAAUGCAAGGAGUGGACAAAACGAUCUCUGCAUCUCAGAAUACUAGGAACGCAACUUAUCUUUCCUAAGGAUGAAGGCUUCCAACACUUUCAAAGUAGGACUUCCAGCUCCGUGUACACAGAUUCCUUAGCGAGCUUGACAGAGACAAGCCGGGACCCGGGACAACUUUGCAUUUCAGGAUCAAAGCUAUCUCCUACUGCAUCCCCUUUGCAAAAAGAGGCUACUUAUAGUGGAAGUUCCUUGACAUCGGACUCAUCUGUAUAUUCAUUUCUCGAGGAGGAGAUCUAUGAUGUUGAUGGCAGUAUAGAGGAGUACCUAGCUUACGACAGCCGAGAACAUGAUGAUGAGGGUUUGGAUCAAACGAAAGCUCAGCUUCACCGAAAGAGGAAUAAACGUGGCAUUCCUCCUGUUUCUCCUAAUGCCUGUAUCAAAGACACUGUGGGUGCGGAAGUGUUUGAUGAUGUCUGGAGAAACAUUGUGAAGUCAAUGGAGGAACUCAUUUUGAGAUCAUGGGAAACUGCGUCUGAAGACAUAAAACAAGUAGCGAAGAUUCAGUCAGCUGGGAUUAAAUAUCUUCAGAUUCCAGUUCCACGAAUAAUUUCAGAUGUAUCCAGUGUACCUCCAUCAAGAGGCUCAGAUGUUCGAAGAAUGUCCUUUGGCUCCUACCUUUUCACAUCUCAGGCCAGUCGUAAUUUCCACAGUGAUUUAAAUGGAGUUAUGACCAUUCAAGCUAAACCUCUACAGCAUCGAACUGGUGGAUCGACUGAGAAGGCACUUAGUGAGCAAGAAGAUAAAACCUUCAAUGCUGUGUCUAGUGUACUAACCUCGGCACGGAACCGACUAGGCCGGCUGAGUGAGAACAGUAUCCUUCCGUCCUCUCGAAUACUGCAAACUCCUUCAAGGAAAACACCAACACAGCGUAGACUGCCUUCUCUUGCUUUGGAACCUCUACGAUCUAAAACACCCAAUGUUUACAGUGAUGAAGUUCUCAGGGGCACAAAACUAUACACUGGUCUAGAUCGAUUGUCCUCUCCAUCCAUUCAAACAAACAGAAAUAAAUUGCCACCUAUAAAUUCUGAAAGUGUUGAGCAUCAUCUGUCAGUACCUGGAUCACGACAUUCAGCUAACAGAGGGCGAUACAUUCACAGCCGGGUAGCAAGCGCAGUUCCUGACACAACAGGACGACGACCUCUGAGAGAGAGAACUAUAGCUGGAGAACAAUUUUCUAGACCCAGCACUACUCAUACUUUCAGGUCAGAAGCAUUGCACAGAAGGUCUUUUACCCCACUGGAAUUUGCCAACAAUACAUGGACUGGACAGACUUUCCUAACAAGUUCACAGUAUCCACCCAAAUCAAUUCAGAGGAAUCCACACAACUCGAGAAAAAAAUUUCAAGUUGCCUCUUAAAAGAAGUCAAUAACAGAGACAGUAAUUAUUCAGAAGUGCCAGUGGAAAGUCAAGAGUAUUUCAAAAUAUCCAUUAAAGUUUUUCAUAUUGUUUUUCUGUUAUAUAAAUUGGGACACCAUCCAGCAAGACUCGCCAAAUUCAACGUAUUUAGUACUGUAUGGUUUGGCACCCGUUAAUCGCCACAGUAUUUAAACAUCUGCGACUGUCAACGGCACACAUUUCAAUCAGUUCAGAGAACAACAACAUGUCUACGCAUAUUAUGCAGAAAAUUAUAUAAGGCAUCAAUUGUGGUUUUCUUCUACAAAAA